AUGGCAGCCAUGAAAGAAUUCAAUCAGACUGCAGCCCAUGUUUCGUACUUCAUUAUCUCUGGAUUUCCAGAACUCCAGGACUGGCCAUCCCAGACCAUCCUCUUCUCUGUGUUUCUUCUGAUAUACAUUGCAACGCUUUUGGAAAAUAUCAUGUUUGUGGUAAUUAUCAAGCUAGAUGAAAAUCUGCAUUCCCCCAUGUAUGCUUUCAUCUUCCAGCUGGCUCUCCUGGACCUAUCCAUUCCUUCAGUAACUGUACCUGAAAUGCUGCACUAUUUAUUGACUAAAGACAAUGCCAUAGGAUUUGUUGCUUGUAUUUUCCAAAUGUCUCUAUUCAGAAUAUUCAAUACCACAGAGGGACUGAUUUUGACUGUUAUGGCAUAUGACCGAUACCAAGCUAUAUGCAACCCACUUCAUUAUCAUUCAGUAAUGACCAUCAAGUAUGCUUCCUGGUUGUCCAUCUACUGUUGGACUGCUGCUGUUGCAACUGUAGUUCCUUCAGUUUAUUUAACUCUUGUUACUCCUUUAUGUGGCCGCAAUGUGAUUUUAAAUUUUUAUUGUGAUUACUCAUCCAUUACUGCACUAGCCUGUGGUGAUACAAGGUUCCAUUCAGCUAUUAGUUUGUCAUUGGGUCUGAUUUCCAUGUUUACCAUAUUAGGCUUUGUUACUUUUUCAUAUGCCCAAAUCCUUCUGCAAGUACUAGGUAUUGCUUCCCCUGAAGACCGUUGGAAAGCCUUUUCAACUUGUGCCAGCCAUCUAUUUGUCAUCUCUGUAUUCAUGUUGGUUACUGUAUUUGUUGCUAUCUGUUCUAGAAUAUUAAAUAUUUCAGACAAUGCAGUUAUAAUGGCAGCUGUGGUACAGAAUAUUCUUCCACCACUGGCCAAUCCCAUAAUUUACUGUCUAAAAACAAAGGAGAUCAGAAGAAGUUUAGUGAAACUUGUAAAAAGAAGUGUAAUUGGAUCCCAUGGCCGUUAA